UAUGUGCGCAACUUCUAGUGGCACAUGCCACUCACAACGUCCAGUGGCAUGUGCCGUAAAAAAUGUUAACCGUAAAAACAGAUUUUCUUUUUUUUUUUUUUUUUUUACAGUGUAGCUCUAACGCUCUUAACCGUGAGCUAUGUGUCUGAACGAGGAAGGAGCACAUGUCGAUUCCUCGAGAGAGUGUCAACAAUGCGUACUAUUAGUGAAUGGUGAGCGCAUAGGUGAAUGAAGUUUCAACGGAGGCGGCAAUGAUUCGCGCGACGGCGCACGCGCCACAACCACGCCUUCAAUUAAAACAUCUCAGGGUUCGUCUGAGUGCGAGCGAAGAUGGCGUCAGAGUGAAAGAGACCACGGGAAGAUGACAAGCCCUCUACUGACAAACACAUCUCUUCACCCCGCCGCCUCAGAGAUGCCCAUGAAUGAGUAAGAUUUGGUUGCGUACGAUGUGUUGUCAAUGCGAUGCGGGGUAGGUGACGGGGAGUCGAGUCUCGCGGCAUGUGCCUUAUCAUGCACUGCCUCUGUAAUUCAGACGCAGGUGUUUUCAGUGCAGAUUCAUUUUGAGCACCGGGUGAAAGAGAUUUUUCGAGCCAUCAUGUAACCGCUGCGGUGGGCAACGUCACGGGGAAAAUAUUGACGAGGAGACCAGCCCGUGUGAGCUCGCGCUUUUGUCUCUCCCUCUAAAAUAUGAUCACGGGCGGCUGGCGGUGUGGAAGGAAAAUUGACGCCCAGUUAGAAAUCUGUUGCGUGACCGAACCGAUCGACAAACCGUGCACGGAGCCGGAGAAGGCGCAGAGAUGGCGCGUGAGCCUCGCAUCCCUGCUCUUUUUCACGGCACUACUAUUCGAUCACCUCUGGCUCUGUGCGGGAGGCAAGCUCCGCUCCAGAGACCGGACUCACCGGAGAACGUGGAACAACGCGAGUCACUACGCCCAAGCGGGCCUACGCGAUGAGGACUGUGGGGUUCUUUUAAACAACCUGACAGAAAACGGGCCGGAGUGCGUCCAGGCUGACGCACCGCGCCGCGCGCCCCUGGAGUCCGCGUGCUCUACGCUUUACCGGCAGAAGAGCGGCUCGGUGGGCUCCUCCUAUUCUGUGCUGGUGCCUACAAUGUCGCCACACGCGUUUUUAGAGUACUUCCGGAAUUUUAGCUUGCCGUUUUGUGACGCGUUGACAAUAGCGGACCUGCUGGAGAGCAUGACCAGUCCGGACGGGAUGAACUGCAACUUGGCCCGUGUCAUUCGUGACCUGUUCAGCGGCGGACCAGAGGACGGGGAUGUGUGCAGCGCUUGUGUUCACGCUUACAUCCGGCUCGACCAACACGCUCAGGAAAAAUAUGAGGAGUUUAACAUCCUUACGCACAAAUAUAUGGCGGAUGACUACUCCGUGCGAGCGCACACUCGCCUGUGUCAGGCAGUGUAUAAAGCCUGGCUUUGUGCUGAAUAUUUUCCGGUUCCCCAGCGGCAAUGUGUAAAGUGGCUCCCGUGCAAGCACUACUGUGGUGAGGUCACAGCCAGCUGCCCCUACAUCCUACCUGACAACGACCGCCUGCUGUAUGCCGGCCUGCCCAGCUUUCUCUGUGCAGAGUUGCAAGAAGAGUAUUUUUCCAGUCAGGGUCCAGAUUGCUGUGAUGUCAGAUGGAGUGGGUGUGACUCAGUCGUAGGGUCUGCAUGUGCUUUGACACACCUCCCGGGCUCAUUUUCUUUGCAUAGGAGAUUAUCAUCAGGAGCGGUGUCAUGGACAAAUCGUCUCCAUGGCAGUAAAUUAAAACUGUGUGUGCUUGUUCUCUUCUUAAUACAAACUGUCAUCUCUAUAACAAAUUUGCAGCAUUGCAGCACUGGCUCCUUGGAGACCAUAGUACCUCAUGAAGAAGUUCCUAUGAGGGAGGAGUAAGGAACUGUAACAGUGUUUUUGUCUGCUGUUCAUGAGAUGAUCCUUGCGAAAUGCUGGGGAAAACGCAGGAAGUCUCACCACUGCUGAAGUGUGUCGGUGCUUGUCUUUUUUGAGGGUUAGAACAUCUGGCCUGAUCUGAGCCUGUGUGCGUGUUUGUUUGAGUGUGUUUUUAUCUGUUUUUCAGUGUUUGGUUGUUUUAUCAGGCCUAAUCCCCACAUGUUAAAACACAGUUCAAUAAUGACAAUCUUGUUUUACUUUAGACAACAUUCUUGGAAACAAAAAUGAAUGUGUAAAGAAUGUAUGGACAUUUCUCUAAAAACCAACACUCAGACUCUUUUUUUUUUUUUUUACUUUUUCACUGUGCCAGCUUUCUGUAUACUUUGUGGUCAUGAGAAUCUAAAGUUAAGGCUAGUUUGUGUGUCUCGGGACAUUUGGCCUCCUCCAGUCCAGUUCAUUGGGUACAGGUUGUUCCUGCAGUUAUACAUUCUGAAUUAUGAGCAGUUUCUGCUGGCAUUCUCAACACUGUGUUUUUUGUAAUUUUUUUGACAGGAUUAUUUUCUGUAUUAUGUCUGUUGUUCUGUAACCAUCCCUCUUACUCUCUUUCUAAAGGCUUCCACACACUGCUCUAGCCAACACCUAUUAACACCUCUCACUCAUUAAUUUUAUGUUGGUCUUGAUGUUUUGGGGCUGUUUAGGGGACUUUGGUAGUUACCAUUUAGCAGAUGCUUUUCUUCCAAAACUACUCACAGUGCACUAAUUGGAAAAAUAUUGUGGGAAAAACUUCGGAAACAUUACAAAUCUACUCCAUGUGGAUUGUCACGGGUCUACAAACUCUCAAAUAACAACAUGAAAACAAGUUUGAAAUAAUUACAUCGGUCAGAUAGGGUGGUUUUGGGGUGCUUUGCAUAAUGGUCAGUUAUCCACUUUCAUAGUAACUGGAGACAUUUACUGUAUUUAAUUCUUCUGCUCUGGCUGCCGGACUGUGAAGCAGGUCAGAGAGUUAAAGAAAGAGCUUUGGAGAUAGAUUGCCUAGAAUAGCACAACGACAGCAGACACAGAGGAUAUAAAGAGUGCAGUGGACAUGUCCAAUGCUGAGGGUGAAGUAUCCACAAUAUGUUGAUAUGUUGUAUGCAAAUGUUUAUUUUAAUAUGGUGAUUUAAUGUCAAAGGAAUCUGUUGGCUUUGCAUAAAUUAAAGGCCAAUGAAAUUUUACUCAAUUCCUAAUGCUUUCAUAUGGAUUGUUGGUAACACUUUAUUUUACAGUGUCCUUGUUAUACAUAUUACAUGUAAUGACUAUAGUAGUAACAGUAAGUUAUGCAUAAUUAUAAGCAACUAAACUAAACCCUAACCAUAAACCUAUAGUAAGUACAUGUUGUUAAUUAAUAUAACUUAGUACUUAUGUCUGUAAUUACACUGUAACACGGAAACUGUAAAAUAAAGUGUAACCGGAUUGUUUUAUACACUUAAUUGCAUUGUAAUUACUGAACAUUUUGAGAUAUAGUUUUAAGACCAUGAACACUCUCCUGGUUCAGACUGGGCCUAUAGUAGUAACAGAAACUGUAACUGUGUUAUCAAACCAUUUCACCAAACAGCCGUUACAUCAGAGAACAAAAAAUGAUUCAUCCUGGUUAUUUUAGUUUUUGAUCAUUUCACUUUCUUUUGAUAGGGAUAUAAGAAGUGUUGCCUAAAUUACUCAAAAGUAAUUCAAUUAUCUAAACUAGUAAUCUGAUUACUGACUUUACUGAUUACUUCACAAAAAGUAAUCACAUUACGAAUUAUUUUUAAUUUUCUUUUUAAAACACUUCACAGAAAUAUUUUUUUUUCCGCUCAAAUUCAAAAUAAUGUUUAUAUUUCCUCCUUGUUCAUUGUCCCACACAAGCCAUACACUCAGAACUAAACAUUUCUCUGCUACAAUGGAUUGUCAGCUGUCAAAGAAACGCAAACAGAUGUAGAUUUAAGUAUAAUUCAUGUUCUAUGUAUUCUACAUAAAUAUUAAGUAAUGUUUAACCCAAGUAAUGUACUAAAAGUAAUUGACUUAAUUGAAAUUUAGUAACUGUAAUCUGAUUAAAAGUAUUUAAAAUGUAAUGCAUUACAAUACUUUUUAGUAUAAAGUAAUUAGAUUACAGUAAUUCUACAACUGUUUCUUCCGCAUGUGUGUAUCACACAGCUUGUAGAAUGUCAGGUAAAAUUACUCAAGGGCAGCUGGACUUUUCUGUGAAAAUGUGAGCAGUGUGUUGAAGCCUGAGAGAUAGUGUGUGUGCUGAGUCACUGGAUCUGUUCACAUGCUGCUUGUUUCUAAAUGAGAUCUGAUUUUGGCCUUUUUUUUUCCAAGAUUAUCUGCUGUAGGAUCUGAACUCUUAUGUUAUCCUAUGUCCAAUGUUCUGCAUGAGCACCGAGUCACUCUGAUUGUGGUUCUGAUGCCCUCUGAUCUCCAUGUAUGGAUUUCGAGUCUGUACUGUGGCAACCCAAUAAACCAUCUAUAUCGUUAAUUUUAA